UCUAAAUUUUAACAUCACCUCUCAUUCGUCGUUUCUGAAAGUGCUUAGAAAUUAAAUAUCGUGUUAAAAAUAAAAUGUUGAUAUAAAUUUGUUUACGCCUUACGCAGAACAAACAAUGCAAAACAAAGUAGCUAAAGUGAGAAAACUUUAUAAGACCACAUAUAAUAUAUCGAAUAUAAAUUAAAAAAGAAAACAACCUAUGACGCCGAAAUUUUGUCCGAAAAUUAAUUAUAAUAAUAAAUAAUCAGUGAGAUCGAUAAACACAAUAACAACAACGCGUAAAAACUAAAAACAUAAAAAUAAAUUGAAGUGUGCAUAUUACAAGCACACCACAUCAGCCCCGAAUAGUCAUCAGAUUAGCAACAUACAAACAAACCGUAUUGUGGUGGGUGGCGGGUAUUGAACUUGAUCAGGCGCCAAAAAUGAGUUACGCACUAAAAUUGGCGCUCGUAAUAUUAAUAAUUCACUUCAAAUUACACGGCCUGAAUGCGGCGACCAUAAUCUAUCGCUAUAAAACGUUUAUCAACGAUAUCGAUAGCAGCAGCGAUAACAACCACAACAGCAGCAACAAUGACAGCAACUUAAGCAAAAACAAUUAUAUGCUGUUUAAUGGUAGCAACAACAACAGUAAUGGCAUAUUUGCAGAAACAAUAAUGAAUGCAACAAUAACAAUACCUAAUUAUGUUAAUAACAACAACAAUAAUAAUACACUAUCGGUUGAACAAACGAAACUGUUAUGCGAUAAUGAUGGCGAAUAUGGUAGCAACAGCUGCGGCAAUGGGCGUGAUGUUCUCAGCGAUGAUAACAAUUUGCAGGACAGCUACAAGCAUGAAACCAGUAACGUUAAACAGCUUAGUAAUAUUGACAACAGUAACAACGAAAUACUUAACGCAACGUUGUGGCAGUUGGUUACUGCCGCGUCAGCGGGUGUGAAACAAAAAAUAACAACAAAUAACACUAAUUCUCAGCAAUCCUCACAGCGGCUAACGUCGAAGGCACAAAAUUAUUAUCAAUACGAUUUAAUAACAGAUGAUGCUAAUAACACAACAGAACGGAAUUUGUUCGAGCAUGAGCAAGCAGCGCUUCCCGGCAGUGUUACAAUAGAUUUUCUUGAAAACCAAAAAUUCGAUUUAGCUACUUCAACUGAUCUUGAAUACAAAGUAACCACCACUGAGUUACCGCCAACAGAUGAAUCGUUCGAACAUACUAUGUUGUAUGGUCUAUUUCGCGGUUGGGAUGAUAUUGUGACUAAUCACGAUCUCGAAGCUGUUCUACGACGGUAUAAAUCCGAAAUGAAUAACGCGUGCAUUAUGGACGGAGUAAAGGAUUUAGUGCAAUGGUGGACCUUCAAAAAUGGUUCACUGAACUUCGAAUUGCUUCAAGCUCAAAAAAGCAAACAAAAAAACUUACAUUACUUUAUGGGCAUGGACUUAUCUUAUCACAAUCUCAACAAUGAUGAUAAGCUCUACCACAAGACUUUGGAAAAACAAUUGAGAAUUGGGCAAAAUGUUAUGGUCUUCUCGGCGUCAUAUAAUAAUCUUACACAUAUACCAUUUCGAACGUUAUCCACCAUCAAUGCUACUAUAAAGUUUUUAACAUUGAAAGGCAAUAAUUUUAACUCCUGCACGCAACCGAUUCAAAACUAUGAAAUGUACAAUGCUACUGAUGCGAACGAAAUUGCAGCAAUGUUAGCCGGAAUUCCAUCGUUUACUUAUCGUGAUUUUAUCAAAGGAAUCGAGUCCAAAAUAAAGAAUCAGGAGGAAAAUGGCAUCGUUUGGGCCACCUUCCCGAAGAUGCCACUUUUACUGGAGUUGGACAUAAGCGGCUGUAAUAUCGAACGCAUAGAUCGUGACGUCUUUCGUAACAUCACCGGCAUACGUAAACUUUUUAUGUCGCGUAACAAAAUGCUCACUAUACCAAAAAACAGCUUUCAACUAUUGUCCAAACUGGAAUAUCUCGAUCUGUCCUACACCAAUUUUUUAGAAUUCGACUACAAGAUGCCACAUCCAACACUCAAUGCUAUCUGGAGUUUACUAUACGGUGUACACAUACAAGUGGGCACUUUCAAAAGACUCAGAAAACUCCAAUUUCUCGACUUGUCACACACGAAGAUGACACGCAACAGCGCCGUGUCGUUCACACAACUCAGUCCUGAUUUGAAGAUUAUGAGCUUAUGUUAUACAUCAUUUCCGUUGUUUGACAAUUUUUUAUUCAAGAAAACAAGUCUGAUUGGGUUAGAUCUCUCGGGUAAUCCGCAUGCGGCAUUAAAUUUCGUCGAUGAUGCUUUUGAAAACGUUGCGGAUACCUUGGAAUACUUGUACUUAGAAUAUUCCAAUUUAAAAGAACUGGAUUGGUUGAGGCGUCUUAAGCAUUUGCGUGUACUUAAUGUGACCAAUAACAACAUCAACUUUUUAACAUCGGAUUAUUUUGGCUUAUUGGAGAAUUUGGAAGUUAUCGAUUUGAGUUACAAUAACAUCGGCAAUUGGUAUCAACAAGUAUUCGUUAACAACACCAAGCUGCGUGUACUAAAUCUGCGCAACAACAACAUAAAUAUUCUGAAUUAUGCAAUGUUAAAUGAUUUCAAGUCACUCGAGCUGCUCGGUCUAGGCGAGAAUAACUUCGCAUGUGAUUGCAUAUUACGCGAUUUGGUAGCCGUAGCGGUGCACAACAAUAAAAAGGCCGAGUGCACAAGCAAUAUGCUCAACGAUAUACCAGACAUAAUAUUAGAAAACACCGUUAAUAACACAGAUAAGGCACGGGAUAAUGUAACUGAUAUUAGAACCAUACUAUCGGCAAUCUUAAACCAACUUCCGCAAGAGAAAUCCAAACCAAAUUACGAAAAUCCACGUAAUUACUUUGUGAUGCAUUCUCCAUCACGUUUGCGCGCAGUCACACCUAAAGCGUAUGCAAACUUACAUUUAACAUUCCAAGAAUUGAGCGAAGAAUGCGCCACCUUGAACUCCGUUGAAUAUAGCAGCGAUUUGUGGAAUGCGUCAAUGCCGCGUUUCCGUUUUAUCGACUACGAGAACGAUCAUUAUUGGUGCUUUAAUGGCACACAACGCAUGCAAUUCGAGCAAUUGAGUUGUGAGACGACGCCAUUUGAAGGCAUCAUUGCCGACAGCAUACGUCAAUUAACGAUAAUUCUUGUCGCCUCGGUUUGUUCAUUGUUGGGUUUAACUUUGUUCAUCGUUUUUAUGUAUAUGAAGCGUUGGCAUAUUUACUACUAUUAUUCGUCGUUGAAAUCGGCCGCUUUGUUGUCCAUGGCCACGAAGGAUCAGGUGAACAAGUUUAAUGAGUUGGCCGAAAGUAGUCCGCAAAUGGUGUAUGACAUUUUUAUUAGCUAUUGUCAGAGUGAUCGUGACUGGGUGUUGGAGGAAUUGCUACCGAAUGUGGAAGAAACGGGCAACAUAUCGAUAUGCUUGCACGAGCGAGAUUUUCAGAUCGGUGUCGCAAUUCUUGAAAAUAUUAUAUCUUGCAUGGAUCGAUCGCGAGCUCUAAUGUUAAUUGUGUCUUCGAACUUUCUACUGAGCCAUUGGUGUCAAUUUGAAAUGCACUUAGCGCAACAUCGCAUUUUCGAGGUGAGCAAAGAGCAUCUAAUUAUCGUAUUUCUUGAAGACAUACCACGCAUGAAACGACCGAAAACACUACAAUAUCUAAUGGAAGUAAAAACAUAUAUCAAGUGGCCAGGCGCAAAGGGACAUGAAGUCAAACCGGAAGACCGUAAACAUUUUUGGAAACGUUUGCGACGUUCCUUAGAGCAUAUUGGUAGUACACCAACCGAAUCGCUUGUCUAACAUAGCAAAAAAAAAAAAAAUACCUGAAUUACAGUAAUAUUAAAGGUGGUUGGAAAACGGCAAACUAAUAAAGAGAUUAUCAAAGCAAAGUUAAGCACAAGUACCUGAUAGCGAUUAUUUUUAGUAGUAUAGCUUUUUCGAUACUCAUUAUGGUUAAAUUGUUGUUAUUAUGUAAGACAAAAUUAAUUAUAAGAAAAUGAAGAAAAAAAAAGAUUAUUGAGAAA